AACAUCGGUUUUUCUAAACAAAAAUUUUACAUGAAUGAAAAUUUUCUAAAUAUUUUACCAAAUUGUAAACACAAAUUGCGAGAUUGCCAAAUUGCGGACAAAUUGUCAAUUAGCCGAACACCAAUAAAAAACCAAAACCAAUUGAAGCAUUAAUUUGAAUGCAUAUCCAUAUAUAGUUGAUACUUAUGGAACCACUUAAGCAAUCCUAUUCGUUCGAUAUUAUUUUGCUAAAUUCUAGUCGACGCCCACGCGAAGGGGAGGAGAACCCAUUCACCUACAGCAUUCGACUGUUUAACGAAUUUGUUGAGCUGCCACAGAAUCGACUGUUUACCCAAUGCUUUCCUUCCAAGGCGCUGGGCAAGUUCGUGGCCAGUCCCUGCGAGCUAGUUGGUUCACUGACCACCAAGGGCAUCUGCGUGACCAUGUACGAGGGUGAGCAGAUGUACGGCUGUGGCAACUGCAGGCUUUCGCCUCCAGUGCUGCGCCAGCUGGCGGAUCCCACAUUCUCGGUGAAUGAGGUUCUCAGCGUCGAGUUGCAGAAGAACAAGAAGCGCAUGGCUACCGUAGACAUUAACAUCAAGUUCAGCUCUACCGAUCCGGAUCUGGACACCAGAUUGCUCCCCUUUGGUUGUUACGAUGUCUGCCGGCCGCUGGAUAAGUCUGUCAAUCCGCGGGACGUCAUCUUCACGCUGGGUCGCUCCGGCAGAUGCGCGGCGACUUCCUGCAUCACCGACGAGCGUCUUAUGACGCAUGCCGGCGCACCCUUUAGCUGCAUGCACAAGAAGAGCCAGCCAACUGGCGAGGAAUGUGGUUGUAUUCUGCGUGGCGUAAAGCCACCGCCCGAGCUCGAUCCAACCAAGGACCGCGAGCGUACGCUACUGAAGAAGCUGCUGAUCGAUCUCGAUAUUGAUAAGGUGCAUGUGCCCACGCCGCCGUCUGGUCACGAGCGUUCCAGGCGCUGCAAAUGUCCGAAAUAUCCCUCUAGCAGCGACAGCGGAACAUUUAACUCCAGUGAUGGCUGGCUCUCGGAAUGGGAUGACCAACAGAAGCAGCCGCCGUCCAUAUUUGAAUCGGCUUUCACACCAGAGCAGCUGGAAGCGCUGGACGUAGCACGGAAACACACGCUGGGGGUGUGUCCAGUUAUCAAGCAACCGGAAUUGAUGACCACCAAGUAUACGCCCCCGCUGCUCUGCCCCGUGUGCCAUGCAAACAUCACCUGGUUGCCUAAGGUGGCCGCCUGCCCGUAUUGUGGCUACAAACGCUUCGAGAUGGACAAGCCCAGCGAGGAGCCGUUCGAUGAGUCGGCCACCGCGGCGGAGGUCCUGCGCAAUCAUAUGCUCAGAACUCGGCUGAGCAGCGAGGAAAACAGUCAGCGGAAGCAUAACAGCUACGCCAGUAUUCCAAAGAACUCCAAGGACUGCACCUGCAGGACAAGCCGCGUCUGCACGCGCUGCCGCAUCCAGGAGUUGUGCGAUCAGAUGCUCAGCAAAAGCAGCACCACAAAGAUCAAAUCGCAGCCGCAGUCCCAAUCGCAGGAGCAGAUCCGGACGCCAAGGAAGACGGCUUCAACGCCGUCGCAGCGGCGCAAUCAGCUGUUAAAAAUCUUUACAGACAUGCAUGAUGUUUACAGCGACAAAAGGACCCCCAAGCAGUUGACUGAGAAGCUGUUAAAGGAUUGCGAGGCAAUCGCAUGCAAAGCCAAAAAAAAGGGUCGUCGCCGCCAAUCAACUGCUAUAAAGUGUGCACUCAAGGAUCUCAAGACAACAUAUCCGCUCAAGAAAAGGAAACCGAAAUGUGUUAAGAAAGCCAAGCGUCGCAUCAAAUCCAAGCGCUAUACGUUCCUAGUACGUAAGGACAACUCGCGGCAGCCCUCCACGCACCAUACCUGCUCACGCGGCAGUGGCCGGGUGCCCUGCCAUAUGGGGUGGAUGUGGACCGAGAGCGAGCUGGCACGUCACAGAUGCUGGAAACCUGGCGCCAUCAAAAAAUCCAUACGCCAGCUAAUGGCCUAUUUUCUGCGAGACUAUCCCGCUGACAAGAUUGGCAAUUCACGGUUUCAUUAUCGCCGCCGCCGCCAGAGCUCCAACCAGCCCGUGGAAGAGGAGCCCCUGAUACAGCAUCCGACACUGCACAUAACCAAGAAAUACGACGAAUACACCAUCACACUGCGUCCGCUUAAGGAUGCCAAGAGUCUGGCCGUGGACGCCAAUCCGUAUGCGAACAUGAAGCCGGUUGUCUUUCGCAUCAUCAAGGAUCCGAUUACCACGGGCAUGCGCAAUAUAAAGAUCAGUCUCAAAGACAAGGGUUAUCCCGUGUGCAGCUGCCAUCAGCCGGUAGCCAGUUGUUUUUGUCGCAGUCACGUUGACCAAAAGAUCGUCGCUCAGGAAGUUAAGCUGCUGAGUGAGGAGCGCGGUUGGCGUGACGUUAGCGACAUCUUCGUCUACUCGGAUCUAAGCGAGAGCGACAGUGACAAUGAGUUAGAGUUUGGAGUAACACCCCCGGCGGGUGUCGUUAAGCCGGAACGCCGCCGAAAGCCCGAUCGGGUUAACUGCGAGACCCAGUACAAUGAAAAUGACUGGGCUAUGCCCACCCAGUAUCCACAUCCGGCCAGCGCCCUAGUGCAGUACGGCGGUUGUGUGCUCGGUGAACGGAAAGCCAGAUUCCCCUGGAUUAUGGGAAAGGGCUUUGUCCAUCGGGAGCCAAAGCCACCGAAGAUGAUAAACAAACCCAAAACGGAAAAGAAGACCAAGGGCAGACUGAAAGGUGGCUACGAUGGCGGCACAUUCGAGGGUGGGUACAAUCCACUUCAAGGCAAACGAGUCUGGCACAAAUCGAACAAAUUGGAAUCUGGUACAUUCUAUAAUUAUAACCCUGGAUCAACGCAAACGCGUUGAGCAACUGAACCUAAUUGAAAUUUUAAGUAAUGCUCGAAAAAUUUUUAAAAUCCGACUCGUAUAAUGCUUGACCUUAGAUGACAGAAGUAAUGUAAAUAAAUGGUUAGUGGUUCCGCACGAAA